UUAGAAUAAUUUCAUAUAUGGAUAGUCUGAUUUAGUUUCCUUUUAGCUCUGCCAUUAAUUGCCUCCCUUAUUAAUUUGUUCAUUAGUUUUUUUCCAAUGGCAAUAGAUCUUAGAUCACUUCUUUUGCAGAUACUGCUAUAUGUUUACUAUAUUCCCUUGGCCCUUGCUCAAGAUGUAAACCAGUUCAUCUACAAUGGCUUCCAUGAUCAAGCCAAUCUGAGUCUUCAAGGAAUCGCAGAAAUCCACCCCAACGGUCUAUUGCAGCUAACCAACCUUUCACGCAAUGAAGUAGGUCGCGCUUUCUAUCCCUUUCCAAUAAACUUUGAUACAACUUCAUCUCUUUCAUUUUCUACAAACUUUGUGUUUGCCAUGGUUCCUGAAGUGAUCAAGAAAAACCUUGGUGGUCACGGAAUUGCCUUCACCAUCAGUCCUUCGACAGACUUCACCCAAGCUGAAGCAAAUCGGUAUCUGGGGCUCUUCAAUGCUUCAAAUAACAACUUGUCUACAAACCACAUCUUCGCCAUCGAGCUUGAUCCUAUUCCGGACUUUGAUUUUGGAAAUAUUACAAAUCAUGUGGGAAUCAAUGUCAACGGCAUGAAAUCUGUUGAAUUAGCUCCUGCAGAGUAUUUUUCCAAAAAAGAAGGGAAGAAUUUAAGCUUGGAGCUCCUGAGUGGGAAUCCAAUUCAUACUUGGAUAGACUAUGAUGGAGCAGAAAAGUUACUGAAUGUAACACUUGCCCCUACCACAAUCCCAAAACCAGACAUGCCUCUAUUGUCAAGACACAUCGACCUGUCUCAAAUUCUCUUGAAAUCUAUGUAUGUUGGUUUCUCUUCAGCCACAGGUACGCUUGCAAGUUACCAAUAUAUUCUUGGAUGGAGCUUUAACAAAAGUGGACCAGCCCAAAGCCUUGAUGUCUCAAGCCUUCCUCCACUUCCAGAGGGGAGGAAAGUGAAACCAAGCCUAGUGAUCAUCACUUCUCUCAUAACAGUAGCGCUUGUGCUGAUAACCGUCGCUGGAGCUGCUGCUUACAUUUUGAGGAGGAAGAAAUAUGAAGAACUACUAGAAGAUUGGGAAGAGGAGUAUGGCCCCCACAGGUUCAGCUAUAGGAAUCUCUACAAAGCAACCAAAGGUUUCAAAGACAAGGAGCUUCUUGGAGAAGGAGGUUUUGGAAAGGUUUAUAUGGGAAUACUUCCUUCGUCUAAUGUUCAAAUUGCAGUAAAGAGAGUCUCUCAUGAUUCCAAACAAGGGAUGAAGGAAUUUGUGGCUGAGAUCGUUAGCAUGGGAAGAUUGAGGCAUAGGAACUUGGUGCAGCUCUUGGGUUACUGCCGUCGAAGGGGAGAACUCCUCUUGGUGUAUGAUUAUAUGCCCAACGGAAGCCUUGACAGGUUCUUAUAUAGAAAUGAAAAAACAAACCUUAACUGGGCUCAACGAUUUCGAAUAAUCAAAGGAGUAGCAUCUGGCCUUCUUUACCUCCAUGAAGAGUGGGAACAGGUUGUUCUACACCGAGAUGUAAAAGCAAGCAAUGUUCUUUUGGAUGCUGGAUUAAAUGGAAGGCUAGGAGAUUUUGGCCUUGCGAAAUUAUACGACCAUGGUACCAAUCCCCAACCCACCCGUGUGGUUGGGACUGUAGGUUAUUUGGCUCCGGAGGUUACUAGAACAGGAAGGGCAACCACUUGCAGUGAUGUAUUUGCUUUUGGGGCUUUUUUGCUCGAAGUGGCUUGUGGAAGAAAGCCUAUAGAGCUACAGGCUGAUGGACUGUCUGAACAAGUACUGGUUUUGGUUGAUUGGGUCUCAGAGUGCUGUAGAAGAGGAGCUAUCCUUGACACUAGUGAUCCUAGAUUGGAAGGAAAUUAUGUGGUGGAUGAAAUGGAAUUGGUUUUGAAACUAGGCCUGUUUUGCUCACAUGCAACACCAGCUAGUAGGCCUAGCAUGAAGCAAGUGGUGCAGUUUUUGGAUGGUGAUGCUGAUCUGCGGGAAUUACCACAUUACAGUGCUUCUUUUGGUGCAUUUACAAGUAAUGAAUCAUCUGAUUUCAUAUCAGUUCCUUUUUCCCAGGCUUCUGCUCCUUCCAUGUCUAGCACUGAUUCAAUCCUGAGAGGUAUUGGUCGUUGAAUUGGUUGUCUCAUGCUAUGGGUAAAUUUGACCAUCGACCAAAUUAAUCAAGCUGCAGUGCCACGUUGAAAGCUUAUAGGUGGAUCGAUCACUUGGAGGUUGGAAAUAGAGAGAAAGAAGAAACUUGUGAUCGAUGAAUAUGAUGUACUCUCUCUGCCCGGCCAGCCUAUAAUCGUGGUUGAACGCUAAUUCUUUGGGAAGCCAUCAGACAUAUACAGGAUUUCAUGAUUUGACUUUUGACCUGGGAGUCUUAGGUACGUGGUGCUUUUCUUUUGUUGAAAAAGAUAUAGUGGCCAUGCCAGUGUAUGAGCAUGUAAUAAAGAAAUUUUUGUUUCCGUCUAUUUAUUUAAAAUUGCACAUGUUCUGUCGUUAUUAAAAGCAUGUGU